UGAGUCCAAUCAGGGACAUCAGAUGGGUACUAAACCAAUAUACUCCUUUAAGAAGGCCAUCAGCUUGGUAGGUUAGCAGUCUCUGCUCGUUGUGUCUGCCUAGGGAUCAUAUUGAGGAAGUGUGGAAUGUGAGCUAUAGGGAAGCAUAGAAGAGAUGUGUGCUCUCCUAAGUGGUGGUUAUUGUUUAUGUCACAAGAAUGGUGGUGGUGUUGAGAGCAUAUAGGCUUGUGUGCAGGACUGUAGACUGAAAUUAAGAAUUCUCUUCAUUGUUGUUCCCUAAAGAAGAAUUAGAUGACAAUGUAUACAAAAGUUCCCUCUCCUUGGCUUUCAUUUCUCUUACCUUCUAAAAUUUGAUUCAGUUUUGCAAGGCUUUUGAUACCUUCUGCAAAGUACUACUGCAUACCUUCAUUUCUCAGAGUCUCCCCUCUUGUGUGAAACCCUCUGGGGAAGAGGCUAUGGACAAAACCAUUGGCAAACAGCAGAAACUGGCUUCAGACAAAAUGCUGUCAUACAUAGCAAAUGAAGAGACAGGAAAAAACAUUUCUGUAAUUUUCCAGCAGAGAUUUUACUUAUAAUAAGAGUGGAAGGCACAUUUCCAGAUAGAGACAGAACAUACUUCACGUGCAGAAAGGAAAAGACGUGAUUCAUUCGGGAUGUUUGACGGUUAUGAUAGUUGUAGUGAGGACACCAGCAGCAGCUCCAGUUCAGAUGAGAGUGAAGAGGAGGUUGCUCCUUUGCCGUCCAGUCUCCCAAUUAUAAAGAACAAUGGACAGGUCUAUACUUAUCCAGAUGGCAAAUCUGGCAUGGCUACAUGCGAGAUGUGUGGAAUGGUUGGUGUCCGUGACGCUUUUUAUUCUAAAACGAAACGCUUCUGCAGUGUAUCAUGCUCUAGAAGCUAUUCAUCCAACUCCAAGAAGGCCAGCAUUCUGGCCAGGCUUCAGGUAGCGGGUAAACCUCCAACGAAGAAGGCUAAAGUUCUACAGAAACAACCUUUAGUGGCUAAAUUAGCAGCAUAUGCUCAGUACCAAGCAACUUUACAAAACCAGGCAAAGACUAAAGCAGCUGUCCCUGUGGAAGGUUUCAGCUGGGGUAACUACAUCAAUAGCAAUAGCUUUACAGCAGCUCCUGUUACCUGUUUUAAACAUGCACCUAUGGGGACAUGCUGGGGUGAUAUCUCAGAAGGAGUGCGGGUGGAGGUUCCAAACACCGACUGCAGCCUACCUACCAAAGUCUUCUGGAUAGCUGGAAUUGUAAAAUUGGCAGGCUACAAUGCACUGCUAAGAUAUGAAGGCUUUGAAAAUGAUUCAAGUCUUGACUUCUGGUGCAACGUUUGUGGUUCUGACAUCCACCCAGUUGGUUGGUGUGCAACCAGUGGGAAGCCCCUAGUCCCUCCUCGAACCAUCCAACACAAAUACACAAACUGGAAAGCUUUUCUAGUGAAACGACUUACUGGUGCCAAAACACUUCCUCCUGACUUUUCUCAGAAGGUGUCUGAGAGUAUGCAGUAUCCCUUCAAAACUUCCAUGAGAGUAGAAGUUGUUGACAAAACACACCUUUGUCGAACAAGGGUAGCAGUUGUAGAAUGUGUCAUUGGGGGACGAUUAAGAUUGGUGAAUGAAGAAAGUGACGACAAAACUGAUGACUUCUGGUGCCAUAUGUACAGUCCACUCAUUCAUCAUAUUGGUUGGUCUCGAAGUAUAGGACACAGAUUUAAAAGAUCUGAUAUUACAAAGAAACAGGAUGGACAUUUUGAUGCACCCCCACAUUUAUUUAUGAAGGUAAAAGAGGUUGACGCAGCUGGAGAAUUUUUUAAAGAAGGGAUGAAAUUGGAAGCUAUAGACCCCUUAAACCUUUCGGCAAUAUGUGUGGCAACCAUAAGAAAGGUUUUAGCAGAUGGCUAUCUUAUGAUUGGGAUUGAUGGCUCAGAAGCAGCAGAUGGGUCUGAUUGGUUUUGUUACCAUGCCACUUCCCCUUCUAUUUUCCCUGUUGGUUUCUGUGAAAUUAACAUGAUUGAACUAACUCCACCCAGAGGUUAUGCAAAACUCCCUUUUAAAUGGUUUGACUACCUCAGGGAAACUGACUCAAUAGCAGCACCUGUAAAGCUCUUCAACAAGGAAGUUCCAAACCAUGGGUUUCAUGUUGGAAUGAAACUGGAGGCUGUUGAUCUGAUGGAACCUCGCCUGGUAUGUGUAGCCACAGUAACUCGCAUUAUCCAUCGUCUUCUGAGGAUACACUUUGAUGGAUGGGAAGAUGAGUAUGAUCAGUGGGUGGACUGCGAGUCCCCAGACCUCUAUCCAGUGGGAUGGUGUCAGCUAACUGGAUAUCCACUACAGCCACCAGCACCACAGUCAUCAAGAGACAGCCAGUCGAGUUCCUCAAAACAGAAGAAAAAAGCUAAAUCACAGCAGUACAAAGGACAUAAAAAAAUGACUUCAUUGCAACUGAAGGAGGAGUUGCUAGAUGGGGAAGAAUACAGCUUCCUUCAAGGAGCAUCUGAUCAGGAAAGCAACGGAUCUGCCAGUUACUACAUCAAACAAGAACCAUGAGGCAGCUCAGAGAAGUGAGGGGCAGAGAACUGGUGACAGGAAAAGAACCUUUCUCCAAGACUGACUGCUUUUGCUCCCACUUGGAGGGUGCAGUUCCGGGGACUGUACCUGGGGCACUUUGCUAACUGUAGAUGAGUUAGACUCAGUUCAGAACUUUUUUUGGAAGGGCGGGGAAACUAUUUUAGUGAAAAAGAUUUUUCAAUUUAUUAAAAAACGGGGGAAAAAAGGACACUUUUGUGUUGUAUUUGAAGCUUUUGAAAGAAUUUUGUAAUAUUUUCAAGUUCAGAUUUAUUGUGCAUUGUUAACAAGAACUGAAAAUCUAAUUUUUUGGUAAGAUUAAAGUCUAAUUAGCAUGAUUGUGGGAAGCGGUUGGAGGAAGCUAUAGGUGCAAAUACAAAGGAACUGUCAUAACAAAUGAACCUUUUUGGUACAAGUUGGGGAGACUUUUAGACUCUUGUGAACUGCACUGGUCACGCCUCUGUUUUUUGGUUUAUUUGGUGUUUUUAUUGUGAAAAUUAGGCAUUUAAGCCCUAAUUUAGAGGCAUAAAUUGUGUGUGGAAGAUAGUCGUGUAAAGCUCUACUCAAUGAGUAGUCCCAGUUGCAACGGAGCCAUCACCUGAGGAUUUUAACUUUUCAAUAUGUUUUUCUUUAGUUUAAAAUACUUUUAUAUAUAU